GAACUGCCACCACGAACAGUUCCGAGCCUGACGGGGAAGGGGAAACAAGCUCCAAGUGAAAAUCACCUCGCGAGGAAAUAGGCUCCGAGAUGGGGGCUGUUUCUGCAGGCGUCUCCACACACGCACUCUCACUUUCAGGGUGCCAAAACACCCCUAGGGGCAACUAGGAGGAACAGGCUGAGGAAUCAGCUGUGGAGAAUGGAGGGGAUAGACCUGGAAGGCGCGCGGGGGCGACGAUCUCUAAAACUUUCAGCGCCGUGCUCUACGGAUGCUCUGGGCACUUUUUUUCAUUUCUCUAGGGAGUCCGGGUGCCCCAAUUAAUCCGUCGCUCCUAUGAGCAUUUGUUGUUUAGGGGGCCCUGGGAGAGCCCCUAGUAUUACACUGUUCAGCUACACUCCCCGCAAAGCCGGGAACCCGCCCCGAGAGAAGACCCCAGGACGCCGGGGGCUGCGUGAGCCCCGCGAGUCUGCGGGCUGGGGCGCGGGAUCCCCUUUGUGGCCACCGCCCCCUCCGCCGGCCCCUCCCCCGCGCCCCGCCCUCGGCCACAGACCCCAGCCCCGGCCGCCGGCACGCUCCCACCCGCGCCUCUGGGGACUCGCGGACGGCAGCGAGACCGGCCGGCGCGCUGGGCAUGCUCAGUGGCGGGCCAGGCGCUGGAGUCGGAAGCCCGUGCGCGGCCGCCGCCGCCAAGCCGGCCGGGGCGCACGGAGAGCGCGCGGGACUCGCUGCAGCUGCGGCCCGGUCGCGGCGCACCCGGGCCGGGACCGGAGCCGAGCCCAGCGCUGCACCCGCGACCCGCCGGCCGCGGCGCCUGCUCCCUGGAUCCCGCGCGGGGAAGGGGCCGGCGGCGGCUGGCGUCGGCGGGGCGCGGAGGAGCCGCGGCGGCCGCAUCCUCCCCGCCCGCCCCGGCCCGGCAGUGUCCCGGAGCCGUCGGGCAUGGAGCCGUGGAAGCAGUGCGCGCAGUGGCUCAUCCAUUGCAAGGUGCUGCCCGCCAACCACCGGGUGACCUGGGACUCGGCGCAGGUGUUCGACCUGGCACAGACCCUCCGCGAUGGAGUCCUGCUCUGCCAGCUGCUUAACAACCUCCGGGCGCACUCCAUCAACCUGAAGGAGAUCAACCUGAGGCCGCAGAUGUCCCAGUUUCUCUGUUUGAAGAACAUAAGGACAUUUCUCACGGCCUGUUGUGAGACGUUUGGAAUGAGGAAAAGUGAACUCUUCGAAGCAUUUGACCUGUUUGAUGUUCGUGACUUUGGAAAGGUUAUAGAGACAUUAUCACGACUUUCUCGAACGCCUAUAGCAUUGGCCACAGGAAUCAGGCCCUUCCCGACAGAAGAAAGCAUUAAUGAUGAAGACAUCUACAAAGGCCUUCCUGAUUUAAUAGAUGAAACCCUUGUAGAAGAUGAAGAAGAUCUCUAUGACUGUGUUUAUGGAGAAGACGAAGGUGGAGAAGUCUAUGAGGACUUAAUGAAGGCAGAGGAAGCACAUCAACCCAAAUGUCCAGAAAAUGAUAUACGAACUUGUUGUCUAGCAGAAAUUAAGCAGACAGAAGAAAAAUACACAGAAACUUUGGAGUCUAUAGAGAAAUAUUUCAUGGCGCCACUAAAAAGAUUUCUGACAGCAGCAGAAUUUGAUUCAGUAUUCAUCAACAUUCCUGAACUUGUAAAACUUCAUCGGAACCUAAUGCAAGAGAUUCAUGAUUCCAUUGUAAAUAAAAAUGACCAGAAUUUGUACCAAGUUUUUAUUAACUACAAGGAAAGAUUGGUUAUUUAUGGGCAGUACUGCAGUGGAGUGGAGUCAGCCAUCUCUAGUUUAGACUACAUUUCUAAGACAAAAGAAGAUGUCAAACUGAAAUUAGAGGAAUGCUCCAAAAGAGCAAAUAAUGGGAAAUUUACUCUUCGAGACUUGCUUGUGGUUCCUAUGCAACGUGUUUUGAAGUACCACCUUCUCCUCCAGGAACUGGUCAAACAUACCACUGAUCCGACUGAGAAGGCGAAUCUAAAACUGGCUCUCGAUGCCAUGAAGGACUUGGCACAAUAUGUGAAUGAAGUGAAAAGAGAUAAUGAGACCCUUCGUGAAAUUAAACAGUUUCAGCUAUCUAUAGAGAAUUUGAACCAACCAGUUUUGCUUUUUGGACGACCUCAGGGAGAUGGUGAAAUUCGAAUAACCACUCUAGACAAGCAUACAAAACAAGAAAGGCAUAUCUUCUUAUUUGAUCUGGCAGUGAUCGUAUGUAAGAGAAAGGGUGAUAACUAUGAAAUGAAGGAAAUAAUAGAUCUUCAGCAGUACAAGAUAGCCAAUAAUCCUACAACUGAUAAAGAAAAUAAAAAGUGGUCUUAUGGCUUCUACCUCAUCCAUACCCAAGGACAAAAUGGGUUAGAAUUUUAUUGCAAAACAAAAGAUUUAAAGAAGAAAUGGCUGGAGCAGUUUGAAAUGGCUUUGUCUAACAUAAGGCCAGACUAUGCAGACUCCAAUUUCCACGACUUCAAGAUGCACACCUUCACUAGAGUCACAUCCUGCAAAGUCUGCCAGAUGCUCCUGAGGGGAACAUUUUAUCAAGGCUAUUUAUGUUUUAAGUGUGGAGCGAGAGCACACAAAGAAUGUUUGGGAAGAGUAGACAAUUGUGGCAGAGUUAAUUCUGGUGAACAAGGGACACUCAAACUACCGGAGAAACGGACCAAUGGACUCCGAAGAACUCCUAAACAGGUGGAUCCAGGUUUACCAAAGAUGCAGGUCAUUAGGAACUAUUCUGGAACACCACCCCCAGCUCUUCAUGAAGGACCCCCUUUACACCUCCAGGCCGGGGAUACUGUUGAGCUUCUGAGAGGAGAUGCACACAGUCUGUUUUGGCAGGGCAGAAAUUUAGCAUCUGGAGAGGUUGGAUUUUUUCCAAGUGAUGCUGUCAAGCCUUGCCCAUGUGUGCCCAAACCAGUAGAUUAUUCUUGCCAACCCUGGUAUGCUGGAGCAAUGGAAAGAUUGCAAGCCGAGACUGAACUUAUUAAUAGGGUAAAUAGUACUUACCUUGUGAGGCACAGGACCAAAGAGUCAGGAGAAUAUGCAAUUAGCAUUAAGUACAAUAAUGAAGCAAAGCACAUCAAGAUUUUAACAAGAGAUGGCUUUUUUCACAUUGCAGAAAAUAGAAAAUUUAAAAGUUUAAUGGAACUUGUGGAGUACUACAAGCAUCAUUCUCUCAAGGAAGGGUUCAGAACCUUAGAUACAACUCUGCAGUUCCCAUACAAGGAGCCAGAACAUUCAGCGGGACAGAGGGGUAAUCGACCAGGCAACAGCUAUAUGCUGCUAUCAUCUAAAAAUAACAUUUGCCAAGCAUUAUUACCUCGGGAAACUGGGUUGGACAGAAAUGGCAUCUCCAUUACUUCUAAAAGGCCUUGGAGGAUACAGAGCAAGCAAGCCCCCUCUUUGUUCUGUGGCUUUUCUUUUGUAACUCCUCCAGGCUACAGCUUUGUUCCCCCUUCUUCCACUCCUUUCUGGUCAGUGUUAAGCCCAAAAGUGCUGGGCAUUGCCAUCGCUCGGUAUGACUUCUGUGCAAGAGAUAUGCGAGAGUUGUCCUUAUUGAAAGGAGAUGUGGUGAAGAUUUACACAAAGAUGAGUGCAAAUGGCUGGUGGAGAGGAGAAGUGAACGGCAGGGUGGGCUGGUUUCCAUCCACAUAUGUGGAAGAGGAUGAAUAAAUUCAAAUCCAGCAUUGCAUCCUGCACCAAAAAUUUCAGAGAAGUGAUAAACAGAGGCCUGCACAGCAUUGUGAAUUAACUGAAGUGUUUAAAAAGCUGCAUUUCUGGCUGUUCAACAUCCUCGCUCCUUAACCCCUCCUAAGUCUUAAUGCUGAGAUUUCUAAAAGAUGCUGGUACUGACAGAUUAAUGGCUUGCCUAGAGCUGUUCAAGAAGCAGCCUGCCUGUCUGUCAUUGUCAGGGACCAGGGCAAAGCCAAGAGCUGUUCUUCCCAGAAGAGCCCUGCAAACACAUUGGUUCAUGUGUCUCUACUUCAUCUGGUCAGAUACCAUGAAUGCUAGUCAUUAGUAAAUCUUUAAUACAGUUUUGCUUUAUUCUCACCUGCCAUUCACCAGAUUAUGAUGGUGCAAAGAAGCAGAAGUAUAAUUUUUCUUUUCCCAGCAUGAAGAAACAUUGGCGCUCUGCCAUUUGAGCAGCUUACUGGAAAGAUCCAGCCUUACUCGUCUUAAACUGUCCAACAAGGUGACUCAUUGCCCGACAAACACUUUUACCCUCAGAUGUUACUUGUGUUAUUAUUAAAUAUGAGGCCAGUGCUCAGGUUAGCAUCAUAAAGUGAAAUAUCCCUGAAGGGUUUUAAUUAUUCAUUUGGUGUCCUGGUUAUACUUGCAAACCUCUUUAUAAAAAGGGAAAAAACACAUAAAAGAGAGAGUAAUCUUCAUAGUUAACCUUCACAAUCUUUAUGAUUUCAUAGGAUUAUUUUGGAAAUCUAGUACUUGACUUUAUGAAAGAAUCUUGGCUGGGUGUAUUAUGUGUAGUUGCCAAUAAUCUGAAUAAGGUGGUAUUGUUGACAGAAACAGAUCAAGGGCUAUAAAUUAUGUCAUUUUAGAGCAGCAAUAUCUAUUAACACAUGCCUUUUCCUCCCACCCCCCCUCCCCCCCGACACAAAAAUUACUUUUUGAUUCCCACAUUUUCUUAGAGCACAAACAACUUCAUUAAGGAUUUUGGAAGGAAAGCACAGCUAGGUCCUUUAUUCAUUUCUGGGACAGAAAAAGGGACAUUGGGCUUUCAGUUUCUCUCAGAGUCUCGCCCUGGGCAGCCUGUCCUGGGAGUGUAUUAACAGGAGGGAAGAUCAGCCUUGCAGUACAUUUGUUUUGCCAAGCCAUCACUCUUGAGCCCCCAGUCGAGGCAGUCCAGUUAAGACACUGACUUGGCCCUUCCCUGAUGAAAUACUUCCUCCAUUGCUGAAGUCGUAUACUGACAAGAUUGAGAGAGUUUUCAUUUUUGGAAAAAUAACAACAACCCAAAGUUAGAAGCAUUAACUUAGUAGAGCUGAACCAGGGGCAUUCAAUUCUGAAAUUUCAAAUCAUCUCUGAAACGGAGCGGGUGUGGCCUGCCCUCUCCUCAAGCCAUUUGGGUACCAGAAUUCAUGGUUGACUGGAUACAUCCCCCUGUUAGAGACCCUCAUGGGCUAGGACUUUUCAUCUAGGGUAGAUUCAAGACCUUUACCUCAGAAUUAUGUAAACUGUGAUUGUGUUUUAGAAAAAUUCUUAUUUGCUAAAACUAGUUAAGUCGUUGUAUAUGUGUAAAUGAUGACAAAAAUGUAUUUUAUAAAAUGUUCUGUACAGUAGAGUUACACCUCAAAGUGUACUGUUGGAAUGGAUUCCUUUCUAUAAAGUCUUAUCGGUGACUCUGUCUCGGGAAUGUUUUGUCUGUUGCCAUCAGCCAACUUUGUUGUGGAGGGAGCAGCCUCACCCAGGCAGAACACUCCUGUGGAUGGUAUUGUAGCAUGUUUUGUUUGUUUUAGUCAACAGACCCUCUCCUUAUACGUAGUGUUUAGUCUUCCUGUUGCAUUUCAUGGGCCCAGGGGUUUCCUAGCAGAGGAUAUUAGAGCCCCUUUUUCGUGACAUUACUGAUUACAUCCCUGUCUAUGUUUAAUACUUUGUAUUGGAAACUUUAAAUGCUGCGGAUUUGUGUAGAGUUCUAAUACCAAAGACGGAAGUAAGUGUUUUCCAUAUACUUUGUCUUGCCUGUAUGCAGCCCUUGUGUAAUAUGGUGAAUUAGAGUGGUAUUUCGCUUUGUAUUAUUUUGUAAAUAUGUCAAUACAAUAAAUAGUGACUAAGUUGA